GUCAAUAAUGCCCACUGCCGCGGCAUGCUUCACAGGUUACAGGUGAACAAAUGAAUUAUGGCCAAGUGGUAGCAUGAGUACCUAGGAGUGUCUGCCAGAGAACUCCACCCAUGGAGAAUGGUGAAGGUAUAUAAAGGAUGCUGAUGCUCCUGUUUCGAUUUCUUUUUCAUCACUUCCAUCAACACACAUCCUUCUUUCCCGAAGAAAACACCCAUCGCAACCAUUCACCAUGAGUUUCCACUUGACCGCCGAGGACAUCGAAAUCCGUGAUAACCACAUUCUUGUUGCCCGUCUCCAGAAUGAGGAGGGCGAGUUUGUUGACGCCGAUAUUGACCUGGACGAACACAUUGGAAACGAUGAGGGCAGCUUUGUCUGGGAUGGUGGCAGCUUCUCCGAAUCAGCAGAAGAUGUCGAAUUUGCCAUCGAGGGAGAUGGUGAGGUUCCCGUCCUCCGUGGUAAGCUGUCGAAUUCUGAGGGCGAGAUGUCUGACUCGGACCUCAAUCUGUCCGAGCGGAUCAUCAACGUGAAUGGCGAGUUCAUCUACCAGGAGUAAUCGAUU